GGUCCAUGCUUGUGAUUCUCAAUGGAGAGUGAAAGCACAGAUUCAGAAUGAAAACCAGCCCCCAUCGGCCACUGAUUCUCAAGAGACGGAGGCUUCCCCUUCCUGUUCAGAAUGCUCCAGCUGAAACAUCCAAAGAGGAAUGUAAGAAACCCCCUGCCCAAAAGGAGCCUAGCCAAGCACCAGCCUCCAAGGAGGUGGCAGAAUCCAGCUCUUGCAAGUUUCCAGCUGGGAUCAAGAUUAUUAACCACCCUACCAUGCCCAACACACAAGUGGUGGCCAUCCCUAGCAGUGCUGAUAUCCAGAGCAUCAUCACAGUACUGACUGCCAAAGGAAAAGAGAGUGGCAGCAGUGGGCCCAACAAAUUCAUCCUCAUCAGCUGUGGGGGAGCCCCAGCUUGCUCUGCAGGACCGCAGCCUCAAGCCCAAAACAGCAGUGAUUCCAAGAGUGCAGAAAUGUUCACCGAAAAGUCGGGACCAAAGACUGUAGCCAGGGAUGUGACUGUUCCUAGACUACCUGGAGCUCCUCCAGGGCACCGUCAGGAGCGCUGUGCUGGCGGUGAGGCAGUGGGCUGCAUUCUGGACAGCAGCCUGACUAACAUUCAGUGGCUCGGGAAGAUGAGUUCUGAUGGACUGGGCUCCUGCAGCAUCAAGCAGGAAGUGGAGGAGAAGGAGAACUGUCACCUGGAGCAGAGUCAGGUCAAGGUGGAGGAGCCCUUGGGAGCAUCAACAUCCUGGCAGGACUCUGUGUCUGAGAGGCCACCCUACUCUUACAUGGCCAUGAUACAGUUCGCCAUCAACAGCACUGAGAGGAAGCGCAUGACCUUGAAGGACAUCUACACUUGGAUCGAGGAUCACUUCCCCUAUUUUAAACACAUUGCCAAGCCAGGCUGGAAGAAUUCCAUUCGCCACAACCUUUCCCUCCACGACAUGUUUGUUCGGGAGACAUCUGCCAAUGGCAAGGUCUCCUUUUGGACCAUUCACCCCAGUGCGAACAGAUUCCUGACUCUGGAUCAAGUGUUUAAGCCACUGGACCCAGUGUCUCCACAAUCGCCCGAGCACUUGGAAUCCCAGCAACAGAAGCGGCCCAAUGCUGAGCUCCGCCGGAAUGUGACCAUCAAAACUGAACUCCCUCUGGGCACACGGCGGAAGAUGAAGCCACUGCUGCCACGGGUCACCUCGUACCUGGUGCCCAUCCAGUUCCCAGUGAACCAGUCCCUGGUGUUGCAGCCCACAGUGAAGGUGCCGUUGCCCCUGGCGGCUUCACUGAAGAGCUCAGAGCUAUCCUGCCACAGCAAACGAGUCCGUAUCGCCCCCAAGGUACUGCUGGCUGAGGAGGGCAUAGCCCCUCUUCCCACUGCUGGACCAGUGAAGGAGGAGAAGUCUCUGCUUGGAGAAGGACUGUUACCUUUGCUUCCGGUUCAGUCUCUCAAGGAGGAAGAAACCCAGCCUGGGGAGGACAUGCUCCCCAUAGGGAGACCCAUCAAAGUGGAGAGCCCUCCCUUGGAGGAGUGGCUCUCUCCAUGCCCAUCUUUCAAAGAAGAGUCAUCUCACUCCUGGGAGGAUUCAUCCUGCUCGCCUACCCCAAGGUCCAAGAAGUCCUUCAGUGAGCUCAAGUCCCCAGCACGGCGUGUCUCGGAAAUGCUCGUGAUUAAACGGAAAGAGAGAAGGGAGAUGAGCCGGUCUCGUAGGAAACAGCACCUAUUGCCUCCCUGCGUGGAUGAGCCCGAGCUUGUCUUCUCGGAGAGCCCCAGCACAUCUGGACAAGCUUUGGAGCACCCUGUCUGCCUCCUGGCAGAGUCUGCAGAACCUGCCCCGCAGCUUGGCUGCCCCCAACAGGAGGGAGGACCUUUCAAGACACCCAUUAAGGAGAUGCUGCCCAUCUCCUCCACGCCAAGUAAAUCUCUCCUCCCCCAAACCCCUGAACCCUGGAGGCUCACACCUCCCGCCAAAGUGAGGGGGCUGGAUUUCAGCCCUGUACAAACCCCACAGGGCACCUUUGGCCCCUUACCUGACACCCUAGGGCUAGUGGAUAUGAGCACCACGCCACUGAAAAGCAUUCCCCUCUUUGACUCACCUCGAGAACUCCUCAAUUCAGAACCCUUUGACCUUGCCCCUGACCCCUUUAGCAGCUCUUGCCCCUCAGACCUGGAAGUUCCCAAGCUAGGGUCCGCAGAACCACAGGUCCCCAGCCUUUCAGCCAACCGUUCUGUGACAGAAGGCCUGGUUCUAGACACAAUGAAUGACAGCCUGAGCAAGAUCCUGUUGGACAUCAGCUUCCCUGGCCUGGAGGAGGACCCCCUGGGCCCCGACAACAUCAGCUGGUCUCAGUUCAUCCCUGAGCUGCAGUCGAGGCCGGACCCUGACCCGCCAUUCCAGGCAGUCCCAGGCUCCGUGAGUCCCACACCCUCUGAGUGAGGACUGCGGGCCGGGACUGCACCGCCCGGUGAUGCAAAGGCAGCACUCACACCCCAGCCACCUCUGCAAGACUAGAUGGGCAGCUGGGCCCGAGAGAGUGACUCCUCUGCUCUCCCUGCCACGAGCAGAAGGGCGGCAAUGCCAAAGCAGUGGUGAAAGGGAUUAGGCGUUCCCUAGAUCCCUUCCACUCUGUGUCCUGCAGUCUCGCUUUCCCUGCUUCUUGCAGCAUGGCCUUUGUAAGUAGUGUAAAUUCUCUAAGUUACCUUCUAAUUAUAAAUGAAAGUUGGAGGUGGGUAGGCUGACAAGGAGCUGCACUUUGCUUCUGUCCCUUGGUUCAGCUCCCAGAGGGGAGAACCUGCAGUGCAUGGUUUCUUCCAGGCCCAAGAGUUCUUUACUGUGGGUAGAGGGAUGGUUCUCCCAAGUCUGCUUACCAGAGCCCCUCCUGCCCCUCCCUCCCCACCUCCGUGUAUCCAAGCCAGCUUUCCUGCAAGAAGAAAUGUGGUUGAAAAGGUCUUGGAUUGAGUCAGGAAUUGGAUUUGGAGAUGCAAUGGGUGCAUCUGAAGCACAGUGGUACCCAGAUGUGCCCCGUAAGACGUUUUUCUGAUACUGUCCCUAAUCAUGCCAGGGAGACUAGCACGGACAACAACUCAGGUGGAGGCUGCAAAAGUAGAAAGAACCCCUCACCUGCCUGGUGUCCUUAGCAGCUUUUCAAAGAACCGCCCUAGGCUCAGGCUGGCUGCCUGUAUGUGAGCCCACUCGAGAACACUACCACAGCUUACGUACUGAAUAAAAUCCGGGUGGAACUG